AUGUCAAAAGCUGAGUUAGCCAUAUUGGAGCGUCGGCUCCGUCCGAUUUACGAUAGUCUAGAUAGCCAAAACUACAAAAAAGCGUUUGCGGAAUGCGAAAAAGUUCUCAAGAAGCAUCCAGCUACCACAGCAGCCAAGGUUCUUAAAGCUUUGACGCUUGUGCGACUCGAUAAAGUGGCUGAUGCAAUGGAGAUUACCGAUGCUUUGGACGUGGCAGGUGUUCAUCAUGAUGAAUUCACUCUACAAGCGUUCGUGCAUUGUUACAGGGAUAGUAACCAGCAUAUGAAAGUGGUUUCUCUUUACGAAAAGAUUAUUCAAGUUGAUCCCAGUGAGAACAAUCUUACUCAACUUUUUAUGGCUUACUCUCGGGAAAGAAUGUACAAAGAACAGCAGAAAAUUGGAUUACGUCUUUACAAAGAUCUGAAUGUGACAACUUAUUAUUACUGGAGUGUAAUGUCCCUUAUUUUGCAGGCUAAAGAGAACCCCGAACUGGGUAAGAAGAUGCUUUUACCAUUGGCUGAGAAAAUGUGCGAAACUCAAAUCGCAAAAACAGGAUAUACCGAAGGUGCGUCUGCUGAACUGGAACUGGAACUCCUGAUUUUGGAAGGACAAGAAAAAUGGAAGGAAUGCGCGGAGUUUGUAGACAGAGGAGAAGCGGCUUCUCUUCCAAUGGCACCGUACAACUUGGUAGAAAAAGUGAUGGCUUAUCUUAUGAAAGACGAGCAAUACGCAAAAGCAAGCGAGUUGGCUGUUGGUGUAGUUGAAAAUAUGCCUGACAAUUGGAAUAUUUGGAAGAUCAUCAUUAGUGCAACUCUUUCUCAAGUUGAACAACUAGUUGGAUCUGAAAACGAAGAGGACAUUGAAUCAGCCCGAUCACUCAUUAAGACACUUGGUGAUCUUAUUGGGCGCAUUCAAAGUAAAUCGGAAUUCAAACAUCGUGCUCCUUAUAUUGUUCCUUUCUUCGCUCACAUGAAGUUGGGAGAAAUUUCUAGAAAAAUUCCAGGAAUGGAAGAUUUGACACCAAUUUUUGGAGAUAAAGUAAAGAAAAUGCUGUUGUACGUUGAAAAGUUCUACACGAAGCCUGUAUGCUUUGCUGAUUUGCAACUGUACUUCAAAGACAUGACUGACGAGCAAAAACAAGAAUUUCUGAAAGGUCUCACUUCGUGGAUGUCAGGAAUUUCAGCAGCGGAACAAGCCGAAGGAGAUGAAUCAAAAGUAUGGGCUAUCAUUUUGAUGGAAAGAUGCCGCCGAGCACUCGGAGAGUAUGAUAAAAUGACUGCUGAUGACCAUCGAUCCCUUUUCCAGCAAUUCAUCGCACAGAUUGCUGCUAAAGGGCGAAGCGAACAUGCUCAAGGAGUACUAUGCAAUUUUACAACUGCUCACCUCUGGGAUGCCUAUCGGAAAGAAAAUGAUGCUGAAAAAUUCUAUGAAAUGAUUCUUCUUCUCGAGUUCGUUGCCACCACCAAUCGAACUGAUCCUCUGUGUAAACUUGGAUUAGUAAGAGCCUACUCAGGUUUAUGUGCAACUGGACGAAUUUCUGCUCUUGUCAAAACGCUGGAUAUCAAAGCUAUCCAGCUAGACACCAUGGGUCAUAUGACUUUCCCAAUUUAUGAAACAUCUGGCCGCUUCAACCUGGCAAUUAUCAACAAUACACAAUUGACCAUGAUGUACGAGCAGGCAGAGAAAGAGAUUCAAGAUUGCAUUGCUCAAUCCUAUCGCAACGGCAAAUUUACUGCCAUCCCGCGAAUGGCAGCGGCUAGUCAAAAGAUGCGAUUAUCUGCACAGAAGACAGCAUGUGAAGUAAUGAAUCGAUACCUUUCUUCCUUAUUCGUUCUCGAUGAUAUUGAUCAAAUCACUGUGACUCUUUGGGGAGAUGAAGAUCCGAUCGGUGAGAAGCGCAUCGAUUGGAAGCAACUGAUUGACACUCGUGACUUCACUGUUAUUCCAUACACCGAAACUUCUGAUUACGAAAAUCUUCUAGAAGACAUGAAGAAAAGAACCUUCCAAGAGCUGAUCGACAUCUCGGAACUUCGUAGUACAAUGUGUCGUGCUCUUGGAGCUGUCGGGCGUGUCACUCAUGACAAUAUGGAGCCACGCCUUGCUCGUCUCCAAUUGAAAAUGACGGUCAUGGAAUACAAAAACCAUCUUGAGCAUUGUUGCAAAGAGUACCCAUCUUUCCUGAUUCCGUCAAAACUUGCCCAAUCACCUGCUCCGCAACAUUUAGCUCAAUGGGUUCAUUCCGGCGGACCGCAAAUGAUUUUGGAGUAUUUGGAGGCAGCUGUCAAGCUUGUCGAUAUUCUCGAUUCUGGAGAGCAUCCAGACAUUUCCCUUGUUGGAACAAGAACCGAAAUGGCCAAGAAACUAAUAAAACUCAUUGAAGUUCCUCCAAGACGCGAAGAAGGAGAAAAACUACCAUCGUUUUGGAUGGUUGAUUCCAUCAUAAAAUCAUCGAGAGCUCUUCAAACUAUAGCCGCGAUUCAAGUCGUACUUCGUCUCAUUGAAAAAGUAGUGUUGAAGUUAGCAAAGAAUGUACCAACGGCUGCUCCGGAAUCCCUUAGUAAACCCAAAGGCAAGAAAGAAAAAAAAGCUGCAGAAGAGGCUAUCGCGAAAGCUCUUGAUGAAUGCAAAGCAGUCGUUUUCCUCGAGCACAUAAGAGCAAAACAUGUUGAACUCCGUUCCGCUGGAAACUUCCUCCAUUCGCAUUUCAGUCAAAUGUUGGCUUAUGAAGAUAAGCACGUUCCAACUAAUGUUGGGGAAGGUCUUGGCAAGGCCCAACUUGUUCUCCAAGAGAUGUCUCCAUCCGUCGAGUCUCGACUUCAGCGGUCAUACCUCAACGCAUUUGAAGAUAUGCAUACAACUAUCAAAUCGAGAUUUUAG